AUGUGCAGGCGUCCGCGCCGAGGGGGCCGUUGGGCUGCAGCUGCGGCGCGGGGCGGCCGCUCCCUGGCAGUGUUUGCUAAGAUGGCGGACUUCCUGCCGUCCCGCUCCGCGCUGUCGGGCUGCUUCCCCGGCUGCCUGCUGACCAGCACCGAGGCCGAGCAGCAGCGCAAGUCCAAGGAGAUCGACAAGUGCCUGAACCGCGAGAAGACCUACGUGAAGCGCCUCGUCAAGAUCCUGCUGCUGGGCGCGGGCGAGAGCGGCAAGUCCACCUUCCUCAAGCAGAUGCGGAUCAUCCACGGGCAGGACUGGGACCGGACGGCCCGCGAGGAGUUCCGCGCCACCAUCUACAGCAACGUGAUCAAAGGUGUGAGAGUCCUCGUAGAUGCUCGAGAGAAACUUCAUAUUCCCUGGGGAGAUCCUGACAACCAGAAUAAUGGGGAUAAGAUGAUGGCUUUUGAUACUCGGUCAACAAUGGUGGCACAAGGGAUGGUGGAGACUCAGGUUUUUUUACAGUACCUUCCAGCAAUAAAAUCACUGUGGGCAGAUAAUGGAAUCCAGCAUGCCUAUGACAGACGCAGAGAAUUCCAACUGGGGGAAUCUGUAAAAUAUUUCCUGGACAACUUGGAUAAACUUGGAGAAUCGGAUUAUCUUCCAUCGCAGCAAGAUAUUCUGCUGGCACGAAGACCCACGAAAGGGAUUCAUGAGUACGACUUCGAAAUUAAAAAUGUUCCCUUCAAGAUGGUUGAUGUAGGCGGCCAAAGAUCAGAAAGGAAACGUUGGUUCGAGUGCUUCGACAGUGUCACAUCGAUACUUUUCCUGGUCUCCUCAAGUGAAUUCGACCAGGUGCUCAUGGAGGAUCGGCUAACAAAUCGCCUUACAGAAUCACUGAACAUUUUUGAAACAAUAGUCAACAACCGGGUUUUCAGCAACGUCUCCAUCAUUCUAUUUCUAAAUAAGACAGACUUGCUUGAGGAAAAAGUACAAAAAGUGAGCAUCAAAAACUAUUUCCCAGAGUUUGAAGGGGACCCCCACUGCUUAACAGACGUCCAAAAAUUCCUGGUGGAUUGUUUUCGUACCAAACGCCGGGACCAACAGCAGAAGCCCCUAUACCACCACUUCACCACUGCUAUUAACACAGAAAACAUCCGGCUGGUUUUCCGUGACGUCAAGGAUACCAUUCUUCACGACAACCUCAAGCAGCUUAUGCUACAGUGAUGUGCAAAAAGACAUUUUUAUUUGAAUACCUUUUGUGUUUUUAAAUUGUGGUUUACAACAGGAAUAGAAAAAUCCAGGUCCUGUCAGACUUCUUGAUGUGUGGCUGAAAGCUGCUGCUGAGCACAUUAUUGCCAAUUUCUGCUGAAAUUGAGGCUUUAAUCUCUUCCACUGUAGCUUUGAGUUGACUCAGUUAUUUUAUAGCAAACCUAAGUCCAAAUAACCUGUAAGGUGACUAAACUUGACCUCCAGUGCUUGUAUGUUGCAAAAAGUAUAUCUAGAAAAUGCACUCCACCGUCAAAAUUCCAAGUCUAGACUUCAGUGUAACAUUCAUCGGAAUUACAUUAGACUUGUAGUAGUAGUUUUUGAAAACUGUUCCUUUUCACCUCUUCCUUAAAACUAUAAUGAAGACUGUGAUAAUAUAGCUGACUUUGAUUUCUCAGGUCCUUCGUUGGUUAGAUAUUCCAUAAAUUUCUUGUUGGAGUCAUUUAGAAACUAGGAUAAUGGUAAUAAAGCCUUUCCUGCCUUAAAUAUAAAGUUUUGCAUGGGUUUUUGAGUGUAGGGUAUGCUUUAGGUCAGGAAAUACAGAAAAGUUGGGAACUGUCAGCAUUAAUACCUUCUGCCAGAAAUGUGUAAAGACUAAUAUGAUCAAGAACUAGUAAAUGGCACAGU